UCACGUGACACCGACCACACUUCCUUUUAUUCGCCAUCAUCUACAAGAAAAAGAUGAGCGCACAAACCUCCCAAGUUGUUAUUCAAAGGGCUGUUGUAAAACAGGUUCUCUCCGGAGAUACUGUUGUUUUACGAGGACAGCCAAAAGGCGGGCCUCCACCUGAGCGAACAGUAUGUCUCUCAAACAUCACUGCUCCCAAAAUGGCAAGACGAGCAAAUCCAAAUGUGGAAAACUCGACAGAGACAAAGGAUGAGCCCUUUGCAUGGGAGGCUCGGGAAUUUCUCCGCAAAAAGCUCGUGGGAAAAGAGGUUACUUUUACAGUAGAGUACAAGGUACCAGGUUCAGGAAGAGAGUAUGGUGUUCUCUAUGUUGGCAAAGAUACAUCUGGUGAGAAUGUGACGGAAACUUUGAUCACAGAAGGUCUCGUAGAUGUAAGGCAAAGUGGGCUGAGAAAGGAUGACCCGGCACAGCAAAGGCUCAUUCAACUGGAGGACACUGCCAAGGCAGCAGGAAAAGGAAAGCAUGCAGCCGAGGGCGUGAGUGAACACGUACGCAACAUCAAGUGGGUCAUCGACAACCCCAGGCACUUUGUUGAUUCACAUCACAGCAAGCCUAUUGAUGCCGUUAUUGAACACGUGAGAGAUGGCUGCACAGUGAGAGCUUUCCUCCUGCCCUCAUUUGAUUACGUCACUGUUAUGUUGUCUGGGAUCAAGUGUCCAAUGAACAAGACUGAUGCUGAAGGAAAGCAGACUCCAGAGCCCUUUAUGGAGGAAGCCAAGUUUUUCACAGAAUCUCGCCUGUUGCAGAAAGAUAUCAAGAUCAUUCUGGAGGGCGUGUCAAAUCAAAACUUUUUAGGCACAGUUCUGCAUCCUAACGGGAACAUCACGGAGUUCUUACUGAAAGAAGGCUUUGCCCGAUGUGUGGAUUGGUCCAUGGGUGUGGUUACACAGGGCACAGACAAAUUGAGAGCCGCGGAAAAACUUGCAAAAGAAAAAAGACUGCGAAUUUGGAAAGACUACAAGCCGUCGGAAUCUUCUGUGAACAUCAAGGACAAGUCUUUCUCUGGCAAAGUGGUUGAAGUAGUGAAUGGUGAUGCGCUGGUUUUGAAACUCGAAUCUUCGUUCAAGAAAAUUUUCCUGGCAAGCAUCAGACCACCCAGACCUGUUGACACAUCAGACGCAGCCCCAGCACCCAAGGAUGGCUCCAGCAAAAGGUCACGACCUCUGUAUGAUAUCCCCUACAUGUUUGAAGCCAGAGAAUUCUUGAGGAAGAAAUUGAUUGGCAAAAAGGUGAGCGUGGAAGUGGACUACAUUCAGCCUCCCAACCAAGGGUUCCCUGAGAAGACUUGCUGCACAGUGACCACAGGAGGAGUUAAUGUGGCAGAAGCUCUGGUGAGCAAGGGACUGGCCACAGUGAUCAGAUACAAGCAGGACGACGACCAGCGCUCUUCCCACUACGACGAGCUUCUGGCGGCCGAGUCGAGGGCCAUCAAGAAAGGCGUCGGCCUCCACAGCAAGAAGGAACCCCCUAUUCACAGGGUGGCUGAUGUCUCAGGGGAUGUUGCCAAGUCCAAGCAGUUUCUCCCAUUCUUGCAAAGAGCAGGGAAGUCUGAAGCCAUUGUGGAGUUUAUUGCAAGUGGAUCCCGACUCAGACUAUAUUUGCCCAGAGAAACUUGUCUGAUUACUUUCCUCAUUUCCGGCAUCAACUGCCCAAGAGGUGCAAGAACUCUCCCCAGUGGCCAGAGCUUCCCUGCCGAGCCAUGCGGAGAGGAGGCUCUGAUGUUUACCAAGGAGAUGUGUCUACAGCGUGAGGUUGAAGUGGAAGUGGAAGCCAUCGACAAAGGCGGCAACUUCAUCGGCUGGCUGUUUGUGGAGGGGGUGAACCUGUCUGUGGCCCUGGUGGAGGCGGGACUGGCCGGCGUCCACUUCACGGCUGAGAAGAGUCCGUUCUACAAGAGCAUGGUGGACAAAGAGGCCAAGGCUAAGGAGGCCAAGCUCAAGAUUUGGGCCAACUACGUUGAGGAGAAAGAGGUGAAGGUGGAGGAGGAGCCUGCGGAGAGGAAGGUCAACUACAACAAGGUCGUGGUCACAGAGGUCACAGAUAAUCUCACUUUCUACGUGCAGAAGGUGGAAAACGGCUCCACGCUUGAGAAACUGAUGGACGAGCUGCGCCAAGACAUGGAGGCCAACCCGCCCCUGCCCGGAGCCUACACGGCGCGUAAAGGUGAAACGUGUGCCGCCAAGUUCUCCCAGGACAACCAGUGGUACCGUGCCAAGGUGGAAAAAGUGGAGGGAGGAGAGGCUCUCGUCUUCUUCAUCGACUACGGAAACAGAGAGAGGACAUCAGUGAGCCAACUGGCUGCUUUGUCUUCCAACUUCAAAACGCUGACCCCACAAGCCACAGAGUAUUCCUUGGCGUGUGUCUCAGUCCCUUCAGAUAAAAAUCUGUGGCGCUACGGAGAUUUCCGUGAGGACGAUGCGCGCGAGUUUGGCUAUGCGCGUUAACCCUGGACCCAGCUACGUCAACACGAGUUCACGCUAGGUUUUCUAUUGCUCGCCCGUCUUGACCACGACACCUCUGAUGUCUCCGCGGCUGUGGGGAAAACGUCUAGGAGGGGGGGAAACGAGCAGGAAGUCUCCAACACAAGUGCUGGUUAGGCGAUAUACACGUUUUGUUUUUGUUUUUUUUGUGGGUUUUUUUUUUUAAACUUUUUUUUCUUUUGGAAGAGUAUAUUUCUACAUACACUCUUUUCUUCACAAGUACAGUCAGAAGUUCUGUGUACAGGGUAGGGGGGGGCUGCGUAUGGUACUGCAACUGCACUUUGUGUAAGUGUAAAGAAAAGGAUGCACAUUGAUGUGAAUAAACAUUGCAUCCGUGUCAAUGUCGGGGUGGGAAUUGGUUGGACUCUCUGGCUUUCACAAGUUUGAGAGGGAGAGAUUUUACUGACUUGGUGUUUGAUCAGCGAUCUCAAGUCUUCAAGCUGCUUUCAUUUUUAUGUGGACAUGUUUUAUCUUCUUCUCCUCGAAAUGUCUUUUUAUAUUUCUUUUGUGGAAAAAAGUUGGGACAGAAUGUGUUCGUGAGCAGCACUAAAAGAUGCUGUGUGGGAAUUCAGGAGUCGCACAAAUCUCAUCAGGAAAUGAAAUGCUUGAACUUUCCUUCUUCCAUGUAUUAUUUGAAGACUUUGGUCUUGGUUCAGAGGCAAUAAAGGUUUGGAGGAGUGUGCUCUCUCUUUGCGGUCUGCAUGCCUGUGGAUCUUUUUAUCUCUCCACUUUUGUCAAACAUGCAGUUUGAAGUAGCAAGAGCAGGCUUCCUGGCUGUACUUUUCACCAGAUGGUAAUGGGAAUCAAAAUGUUUUGGCACAUCAGGUGUGUUUCCUUCUUUGACAUGACAAGAGUUGUUUUACUACUUCAGACUUACACUUUACAGCUUUCCUUGCAAGCCUGUGUUCAUGACUUUACGCAUGAUGACUGCUUCGUCUAGUAUGAAAGUAAGAAAGGUCUUGUCUCGGAAUGCACAAGAGGAUUGUUUUAUUUAUCUCAAUUGUAUAAAAGCUCUUUAUUUAAUUAUGACCAAUUGGCGUAACAGAAACUUGUUGCAUUUAAGUUGUUGGGAAAGGAGAUUGAGAAUGUCAAAAUAUAUUUUAGGAAAUAUAACAAAUAAAAGUGUUUGUGCCGAAGCAGAAUUGAA